UUUGGUGUAGAAUAAUAUGACGUCAUUCUUGUCGGGGCUCUCAAAGAAUGGCGGUCCACCACAGGCAGCCGAGCAAUUCUAGGCGAAAAGUUCAGGUUUCUUAUGUGAUCCGCGAUGAAGUGGAGAAAAAACACAGGUCAGGAGUCAAUGCACUUCAGUUUGACCCUGUCCUAAACAGACUCUACUCAGCAGGCAGGGAUUCCAUUGUCAGAAUAUGGAACCUAGCUGAUGAAAAGGAGCAGUAUGUUCAAUCCAUGGAGCAUCACACUGACUGGGUGAAUGAUGUAGUCUUAUGUUGCGGUGGAAGAACAUUGAUAUCGGCAUCUUCAGAUACAACAGUGAAAGUAUGGAAUGCACACAAAGGCUUCUGUAUGUCAACGUUAAGAACGCACAAGGAUUAUGUGAAAGCUUUAGCAUAUGCCAAAGAUAAAGAGUGGGUAGCCUCUGCUGGUCUGGACAAACAGAUCUUCCUUUGGGAUGUGAACACAUUAACAGCACUCACAGCUACCAAUAAUACAGUCACAACAUCUUCUCUGAAUGGUCAGAAGGAUUCUAUCUACAGUCUAGCUAUGAAUCAGUCAGGAUCAGUCAUAAUAUCGGGAUCAACUGAAAAGGUUCUGAGAGUAUGGGAUCCAAAGACAUGUGCCAAGAUCAUGAAGCUGAAAGGACACACAGAUAAUGUCAAGGCAUUAGUCAUUAACAGAGAUGGCACUCAGUGUCUGUCUGGCAGUUCAGAUGGUACAAUACGCCUAUGGUCUCUGGGUCAACAGCGCUGUAUAGCCACCUAUCGCAUCCAUGAGGAAGGUGUGUGGGCAUUGCGUGCCAAUGAAUCCUUCACCACGUUCUACUCUGGUGGUCGAGACUGCUAUGUUUACCAGACAGACAUCAGGAACCCGGAUGCGAGCGAGCUGAUCUGUGAAGAGAGUUCUUCUGUCUUGAGGAUAGAGUUAGUACCACAGGAAGAUGCCAUCUGGGUGGCUACCACCAGCUCUCAACUCAAUCAAUGGAGCCUAACAAGUAGAGGAGGCAGGAAUGUGGAUGAUUAUGACAACGUAGGCACAGAAAAUGAAUGCCCUAAACCAAAGAUGACUAUAGAGGGAGGUUCAAGCAUCAGACAGUACCACAUACUCAAUGACAAGAGACAUAUCCUGACAAAAGACACCGACGAUAGAGUGGCACUCUGGGAUGUUUUAAUGGCCAAGAAAGUGGAAGACCUUGGUCAUGCAGAUUUUGAAGUGGAAAUAAAGAAUAGAUUCCAGAUGAUUUACGUUCCAAAUUGGUUUGCAGUCGACCUCAAGAUAGGAAUGCUGUGCAUACACUUAGAGGAGUCAGACUGUUUUGCUGCAUGGGUUUCUUCAAAGGAUAGUGGAUUAGGGCCAGCUGAUGCUCCUGAUAUUAAAGUUAACUACGGAGGACUUGUCCUACAGGCCUUAUUGGAGCACUGGCCAAGAACACAUGCAUAUGAUCCAGACAGCAUCAACGGACAUGUGAAUGGCAUCGACACCAGUACAGACGACAUUAACCUGACGGUCAACUCAUCAUCGCCGACCUCUCCAAACCCACCUCACACCGUCAUCAACAAGGGGAACAGCUACUUCAGUGUCUCUGCCCACACGCCUGUCAUCUUCAGUGAGGUUGGAGGUCGUACCCUCUUCCGUUUCCUGUGCAGAGAUGCCUGUGGAGAUUCAGAGAGGAUGCUACUCAAUGAGAAUGUGCCUCAGUGGGUGGUCUCUGUCACUGUAGAGCACAACCAACCAAAGUUCAACAAAAUAUCAUUCUUUCUUCAACCUCACAACCCAUCUGGAAACAGAACCUUGAAAAAGGAUAGGCUAUCAGCAAGUGACAUGCUCCAGGCCAGAAAGGUUUUAGAGCAUGUGUAUGAGAAGGUGAUGGGAGCGUACACAUCAUCUUCAUCACCGCCAGCGGGGGCAACAAAUGGAUACGGGAACGGAGAGGGAGGCGACAGGGAUUCUGAACUAAGCAGUAUCUCUGAAGAGAAAGUGGAGUUAUUAUGCCAGGACCAAGUACUGGAUCCCAACAUGGACCUUCGGACAAUCAAGCAUUUUAUCUGGAAGAGUGGUGGUGAUCUCACAUUGUUAUACCGCAGCAAGCAUCCAAACGCAACCUGAGCAUAUUCCCUCAGUCAGUACUGACAUUUGUGUUAAACGGUGAAUUAUAUGUGGUGCUUAGCCCCCUUUCAGACUACCUUGCAUAGACAGUGCAUGCAUGUGGCUGGAUGUUGAUGAUUCUGUGCAAUUUAUGAGGGCAGUGUAGUUAGGAGGGAGAAGCAAACAGUAACUGCAGAUCUGAUAUGCUGCUCUACUGUAUCACCAAUAUCACUAAUGCACAAGAGAAUAUGUGUGAACCAGUUCUCACAGUGGAUAAUAGUUGUCCUGCAUCCUGAGAAGCAGCUUACUGCAGCAAGUAUACCAGUUGUGGAUAUCUAUCAGAUGGUCUCUUGUUUUCAUAUUGAAUAAGGAGCUUCUGGAUACCAGUGCCAUUCGGGAACAGAGCCAAGACAUCUCUCUAUUUACUCCUUUGUCACAUUAGGACCUUCAUGGCAUCUAAGCUUUUCACUGUUUAAACUAGAUCAUAUUAUCAUAGAAUUACUUGAAAUAACACCCGGAAAGCAAUGCUCCUAGUAGGUGCAAAUGUGUGACCUGCAACCCGUAUUCACAAAGCUGAACAAUUGAUCAUGGUGCUGACUUCUACAAUUGUUUGAUCAAUCGUGAAAGUCAGCCCCAACGAUCGAUCGCUAAGCUUUAUGUUACGGGGGCCCAGGGCACUGCUUUGUAGGUGCAAAUGUGUGAUCUGCAACCCGUAUUCACAAAGCUGAACAAUUGAUCAUGGUGCUGAUUUCUACAAUUGUUUGAUCAAUGGUAAAAUUCAGCCCCAACGAUCAAUCGCUGAGCUUUAUGUUACGGAGGCCCAGGGCACUGUUUUGUGAAAGUUGCCAUGAGGUGAUGUUUUCAGUGAUAUCCUUGGUUUUGAUUGGUUGAGAUGCACUGUAAUUAUGUUAAUGUCACUGAUGACAGCAAUCAUGGAAUGGCGUCCCAGGGCCCAUUUCACAGAGUGCUUUGAGCCUUGGUACCGUGGAAACUGCCAUAACAUAUCUCCGUAACUAAUCAAGGUUUUUUUUAUGAUGAUUGCUAUAAUGGCAAUGUUACCCUAAUCAAUUUUUGUUUAAAACAAGGUUCAGAUGUCAUCGGACCUUUUGCCAUUUGCCAGGUUUGUGCAUAAUUUGGGAAUUUUUACAAUGCUUGUGCAUCUACGCAUUUUAUGUUUUCUGUGAAAGUAAACAGGUAACAAAUGGUGUAUGAGUUAGGUAUUGAAUCCUAAACAAAUCAUGUAUGCUUUAAUUAGGUACACAAUGCUUAUUGUGCAAACACAUAAGUACUGUGCAUUAAAUUAAUGUUUUAGCUCUAGGUCGAUUUGGGGAAUGAGCUUGUCUUCUGCCAUGGCAUUGCAGUCUCAAUUCUUUCAAAAUUGAAAAUUGUGUGAAUUGCUUUAGAUAAAAGCCAGAGGAACACCACAUUGUUUAUUGUGCUUAGCUUUGCCUGAAUUACAAAAUGGUAAAUUUCCUUUAUUAAGCAUUUUAAGUGAAAUGACAAAUUUUCUUGAGGUGAUUGCUUUCCUAUCAUAGACCAAAUGUUAUUUUCCAAAUAAAAAACAACAUAUUUUGAAUUGUCAUUAUCAUAAUGUGUGAUGUAUAAAAGAAAGUAAUUUAUUGAUUGUAAAUAAUGUCAUAUUUGUUUUAAAUCAUUUGUAUAAUUUCUUCAAUACAUUGGUUUGCAGGCUAUGUCAAUGUAAGCUUUGAAAUAUAUUGGAAAUGUCACGCUUAACAAAUGCAAGAAAAGUAAUUCAUCAUUAUUGAUUUAUUUUUUUGUGUCAUGUUGUUUCUCCCUUUUCAGCUGUUUGCAUAUACUAGUGACUAUUAUUUGAGAUAUUUUAAAUUUGCAGAAUGACUUCCUGCUUUUAGUUGUGAGCCAGCUAUAUUUGAAUGUCAAGAAUGAGUUUUGUACUGUUUAUAUGUUAUUCAAAGUUGAAUUCUAACCAAGUCAAACAAAUUUUUGUAGAUUUGACUUUUAACAGAAUUAGACAAAUCUAUUAAAA